CAUUGCGUUGAGUCCCAUUCACUCUCAUCAACCUGACCAUGGCCAAAUCUGGGGCUUCAUGCGCGGAGAUGGUGCAGCCCGGCACAGCCUCCUCAGCUAGUCUUUCCGUGGAAGAGGCUGAGGCUGAUGAUAUUGGUAUGGUCAAAGCCCCAGAGAUGCUUUUGAACUUAAUUGUUGGAGGUCUGGGGACUGGCAUGCUGAGCCUCCCGUGGGCAAUGGCUGGAGCUUCCAUUGUCGUUGGCAGCUUGAUCAUCGUGCUCGUUGUGGCUGUGAACUUGUGGACUAUCAUGAUCCUAGUGUAUGCAGCCGACAGGUAUGGGGUUUACGAUUUGGGUGCGUUGCUCGGAAAACUGCCCGGCAAGCUGGGUCCAGGCAUGCAAAUGUUUGUCAACAUGAUGGUUUGGGUAGUGCUUUUUGGGAGUUUGCUCAGUUACAUUAUUGGCAUUUGUGAUUCCGCCCAACCAUUUAUUCGUGGCACCUUUCUUGAGCAGCGUUGGGCGAUUGCAGGAUUGGCAUCGCUCAUUGUCCUUCCGCUGUGCUUUCUUGAUCAAAAAUAUUUGUCCUUCUCCUCUGGAGCUGCCAUUUUGGUCAACUUGUAUUUGAUGGGGCUGGUGGGGAUGGAGUUCGUAGACAAGAUCGAGAAAGAUGAAUUGCCAGAAGGCAUUUGUGAAUUUGGCUUAGCAAAGGGUUCCGUAACCAUGGUCAGCGCAAUGAUGCAGAGUGUCAUCAUUCAGAUGUGCGUCUUGCCGAUGUACAAGGAGUUGGAGAACCGGUCACCGGCAAAAUUUGCAAGGAUACUCAUUGUUGCCUUUUCCACCCUGGCUGUCCUCUUCAUUUUCCUGUCAGUAGCUGGUUAUGCAGCAUUCGGGCCGCAGGUGGAGUCCAAUUUGUUGCUGUCGCUGCCACGCAACACUGCGAUGAAUAUUGUGCAAGCUGGAAUGAUCAUAGUCCUUGCUGCAGUGUACCCCGUAAUGAUGAUUGCAAUGAUAGCGCCUGUCAAGAACCUUCCCUUGGAACGCUUUGGCUCAGGGCAGGGUGCAAUUCGCAAGAAAUCCUUGGCAGUUGCAGCAAUGACAGUUUUCUUUGUGGUGGCGUCGUUCCUCACAGCACUUAAGGUGAAUGAAUUGGGCCUCGUGAAUGUUGUGGAUGGAGCUUUGUGCAUCGGUGUAUUUACGGCUUUGGCUCCUGGCCUUGUGGGGUUGAUGCUUCUAGGCAGACAAUCCAGGACCUGGAGGCUGGCCAUGGCCCUCCUACUUUGCGGUGGUGCCAUUGCCACUGGGUUGGGCCUUGUUUUCACAAAAAAUGAGUACGAACUUCUUCAACAGGCAUGCAGGGUACCGUCGAAAGGAGCUGGUUUGCUUGCGGCAUGGCAGCCAUGGUUUUGAGCUUUUGAGUUGAGUUUGUCUCGCCUGUUUGCUGCUUGGGCGGCUGAUUCACUCCAGAGGCAAGCUUGCACACAAGCCUUGGGGCUUCUUGGGGCUUGGCUCAGCACAACGCACGGAGGGACAGGAGUAACUCAGAGGUCAGAAACUUCCUAAUUCAGAGCACACUGCGUGCAGCCCCAGUUGGGGGUUGUGAGUGUGCACCCUGUGCAAGCCUGCGCGUCUGCGAAGCAGGCAUUGCCGCUUUGUGUGGCCGUAGCAGCUCAUUUUGCAUUCAGUUCAUUCUUACCCUUUUUGCUUGAGUUUCACAAUCUUUUCAGAGUUGAGUCCAUGGCAGCACG